UGUCGUUUUUACGCUAACCCAGGUCGUCUACUGUUCAUGGAAAAACAAGCUCUUUAGUUACUAUGGUGACAGAGAAUGAAGGUGGCUGUGCAGAUGCCUGUUCAAACAAAGGGGACAGAAAACGCCAACACAAAGAAAGAGUCUGAGGCCCCGUCGGAGAAUGUUUCCAGCUCCUGUAACAGCUCCGUGGAUCCAGGCUGGCAGAAAUGUUAGUGUUCGGCCUGGUUCGUGUGAAACGAGCCUCCGGUUUGUUUUGCAAAGAGCGGACACCAUGAAGGAAGUGAAUUAUGUCCACCAGAACACUGCAAGUCUGCCUUUGGAGGACGAAGUGCAGAUGAAACAGUUCGGUGUCCGUCAGCCGCAGGAUGUUGGCAGACCCCAAACAGCUGCAGAUGUUCAGCCAUUGGGGGCGAUGAAAGAAAAGGUUCCCUGGAGCCCCAGUCUGGAUCAGCAGAACCCAGAUCCCCUCCAAAUAAAAGAGGAAGAGGAGGAACUCUGGAUCAGUCAGGGGGGAGAGUAUCUUUACGGGCUGGAUGAAAAUGAAUACAGCCAGCUUCCAUUAACUGUUAUAGUGAAGACUGAAGAUGAGGAAGAGGAACCUCAGACUUCAGAGCUUCGUCAGAGCCAAACUGACCCCAAAGAGGUCGAGCGUCCAACGAGCAGCUCAUUUAAAUGGAUCAAAACAGAAACUGACGGAGAGGACUGGGGACGACUGGAACUGGUCAAGAAACCAGGUGCUUCAAGGCCAAAGACUGGUGCAGAGGUUUUAGACUCCUCUGAGACUGAAUUCAGUGAAGAUGACGAUUGGCAGGAACCUUUGUCAGAGGCAGACUCUGGCUGUAAGGGACGAAGAGCAGCAGAGUCAGGAAUGGGCAGUGAUAAUGGAUGCAGCACUGUCAAAAAGCCCUUCAGCUGCUCCGAGUGUGGUAAACAGUUUCUAUACAGGCAGUCUCUGAAGAGACACAUGAGACGCAACACAGAAAAAAGCUCCUCCAGCUGUUCAGUUAAUCAGAAAUGUUCUGAAGUGAAACAAAAUGCAGAUUCAAAGACCAAAGUCCACACAGGCAAGAAAAACUUCAGCUGCGAUAUGUGUGGCAAAACAUUCAGAGAUCAUUUCAGCCUAAAAUCUCACAUGAGAGUCCACUCUGAGGAAAAGCCCUUUGGCUGUGCAAUUUGUGCCAAGUGCUUUAAGCACGAGCACAAUCUGAAGAUACACAUGAGAAUCCACACCGGAGAGAUGCCGUUUAGCUGUGAUGUUUGCGGUAAAAGAUUUAAGCAUCAGCACAAUCUGAAGACGCACAUGAGAAUCCACACAGGGGAGAAGCCUUUUGUGUGCGAUAUCUGUGGCAAAAGAGCAAGACACCAGAAUAACCUGAAGACCCACAUGAUUGUCCACAGAGGGGAACGGCCCUUCGGUUGUGAUCUAUGUGGCAAAAAGUUCAACCGUAAGACGAGUCUUAGGGCGCACAUGACGGUUCACACAGGCGAAAAACCUUUUGCCUGCGAGAUCUGUGGUAAAAGUUACAAACGCAAAACACACCUUAGGACUCACAUGACCGUCCACAAUGAAGAAAAGCCUUUUGGCUGUGAUGUCUGCGGUAAAAGGUUUAACCGUAAAACGCAUCUCGGGACGCACAUGGCGGUCCACACCGGUGAGAAGCCUUACAGCUGUGACUUCUGCGGUAAAAGAUUCACCCGGAAAACGCAUCUAGAUUCCCACAUUACAGUUCACACAGGAGAAAAACCGUUCGGCUGCGCCGUCUGUGGGCAGGAAUUCUCCCAGCAGGGAAGUUUAAACAGACACAUGACAUUGCACUUAGGAUAAAAGCACAUUUAGUCAGAGGAUUUAAUGUGAAGGAAAUACUUGGAGGUAAAAUUUAAGGCUACCUGCACCUCCAUAACUGAGGUGGCUCGUCUUAUUGUAUGUCUUUGUUUGGAUUUUGACUUUAUUUACUACAAGUAUGAGUGUUAUAACUCGUAACAGUGCAGGAGGGUGCAGCAACUAUGAGCAAUGAGUUUUUUUCUCUACUUUUUUCCCUUGGUUGGUACUGUUCAGAAACACUAAGUAACAUAUUCCUAUUGUUAAUAUUGCUCCUGUAGCAGGUGAAUAUGUGGGUUUUCACAAAAGGCCGGAUAUUCCUGCAGUGUUUUCUUAUGCCAUAGCUCAUCUUCAGAAGCAUGACAUGCAUAAUGAGUCAGUGUAAAAAUCAUCAGUUAUCGAUAUGAAGGGAACACUUUGAGGUAUUUGGGUCUGAUAGCUCCUAAAUCUUGCCAAUGAAGCAAUACUUUGUAAAAUGACCACCAGCAACCUACUUGACAAAUCAAAUCUGAAAUUAAAACCAAAAUAAUAAUAACCAAUAAUCAUGGUUAAAGAAGCAUGAAUUUAGCAUUUAAAGACCAAGACUGAGAGUGAGCUGGAGUGUGAAGACAUUGUUUUUUGUUUCUUGGUGGACUUCAGUUCCUGACUAAUAAGUUUAAACACUAGUUUAGUUCACCAGAUAAGGACCAAGGAUUAUACUGUUGUAAAAAUGACUGAGCCUAACAGUCGCUUGUAUGUAUUUGUGUCCGCAAGUUAAUAUUUUCACUUACCUUUAAUUACAAAGCAGAGAAGCAGACUAUGACCAAGGGUGUUUAUGAAAAAAUGUCCGAAUAUGGAUGUCAACACAUAUAAAUAAGUUGUAUUUGAUUUAAAUAAACUUUGCUUUUCUUUAAAAGUU